UAUGUUUGGGCAUAUUACCUAAGACGCAACCAGCCACAGUGGGCCCUGGGCAGGUAGUUUCGUUGCCCCACCGCUACUUUUGCUUCUGUGGAAGGUCUGACCUUUCUCCCGCCCUAAGCUGUACGCGUCGGAGCUCUUGCCUAGCUAAAGCCCACUUUGAGAGGUACCUCUCCAAGUACCUCCCUUGCCUACGGGAAGAACCCAGCAAUACGUUACUCAGUGGCCGCCUAGCAGCAGAUUGAUGCGCAGCGGUUCAGCCUGCUCUGGGAAUCCGUUCGCAUACUACAUCCCUCUUCCACUUGAAUUCAUAUCGGCCUAUUCCUGCUCGUUCUCCUCAAGACUUCUCUCCUCACACCCGGGGUUGGCCGUUCCUCGCUAGCAUCGAGCUGCAAGAUCCCUACUCUUCCCUCCGCCUGUCCUGCUUUCCGCCGUCGCACUUCCAACCAUGUCUCGCCGCUACGAUUCUCGAACUACCAUCUUUUCGCCCGAGGGUCGCCUGUACCAGGUUGAAUACGCACUCGAGGCUAUAUCCCAUGCCGGGACCGCCAUCGGCAUCCUCGCCAAAGAUGGCAUCGUCUUGGCCGCCGAGCGCAAGGUUACCUCUAAGCUGCUAGAGCAGGAUACCUCAGCAGAAAAGCUUUACAUACUGAACGACAACAUGAUCUGCGCGGUCGCUGGCAUGACGGCCGAUGCGAACAUCCUCAUCAACUACGCCCGACAAGCCGCCCAGCGGUACCUCCUGACCUACAACGAAGAUAUCCCGUGCGAGCAGCUGGUGCGAAGACUAUGCGAUCUCAAGCAGGGCUAUACUCAACACGGUGGCCUGCGGCCGUUUGGCGUAUCCUUCAUCUACGCCGGGUGGGAUCCGCAGCGGCAAUUCCAGCUGUACUUGAGCAACCCCUCAGGCAACUAUGGCGGCUGGAAGGCGACCAGCGCGGGUGCUAACAACGCGAGCGCCUCAAGCUUGUUGAAGCAGGAUUACAAGGAGGAUUGCACGUUGAAAGAAGCUUGUGGUAUGGCAGUCAAGGUUCUUAGCAAGACGAUGGACUCUACCAAGCUCAGCAGCGAGAAGAUUGAAUUUGCGACGGUAGGGCAGACUAAGGAUGGCAAGAUCUACCACCGGCUUUGGAGUGCGGACGAGAUUACGGCGCUCCUGAAGGAGCACGACCUCGCCAAGGACGAGAACGCCGAAGACAAGUGAACGGGGCGCCACAGUCUCGACUUGAUCUCAUAGAUGCGGGGGUUUGGCGGGAUCGAUUCUAUACCACUACCGUAUUACGGUAGCCUUCACAGGGGGGCCCAAAUGCUGGACGCGCGGUUGUUGCGUGACCAGAAUAGACGUGAUAUGAUCUCAGGCCUCUUUGAUAGAGCUACUCGAUCGUGGCAUACCGAGACACUGUAGCUCGUAUAAGAUAGGUAGAGAAAUGAAUCAUCUAUCUAUCUGCUUGCCAAC